UGCAAAAUAAAAACAUGGAGAAGAAGAAGAAGAGCUCUCUGACAACAAAUCAACUCCACCAACAUGAAACUGCUUGUUUUCAACAUUUAGCAUUAUACUUUUAAUAAGAGUGCCUCUCUUAUUUAGUAGAGAAGUUAGUAGGUUCAGUGUUAUAUCUACCUUCAGUCCCAUCUUUAUCUUACAGUUACUACUAAUACUAGUAAACUGUGGCUGGAUAACAACAGCUAACAACAACAGCUACUCAGGUUUGCAACACCAGUGCGAAAAGAUGGACUCAAGUGUCUCCAAAGGUGAGCCCUCACAUGUUCCUCUGGCGUCGCUGCGCCUCCUGGUCCCACCUUUCCAGCUGAUGGCAGCUUCCAUGUGGCAGGUUGUGAAGAAACAAGACGUCGCGAACUACUGGAAAGUGGCAGAGUUUGUCUCUUUGGUGAUGGAUGCGGUCCCAGAGCUGCUGAUGUACAAGCACAGGACGCAACUUAACCUGGGAUUAAGAGCCAGGUAUAUUCUGGAGUUGUGCCGAAGUGAACAGCCUGUGGAACCUGAUUUCAUCUUGUCUCAUUUGGACCGGAUUAAACCGCGCCACCCCACCCUGGUAAGUAUGAAAGAAUCCCAAGAGGAGGAAGUAGUGAGCAACUUUCUUGAGUUGAUCCAGACUCUGCUCAAAGAUCCCGAGGAGAGGCGAGACUUUUUCUUGGAGGUCUUCCCCGCUGAGUAUGGACCUCAGUACGACAGCGAUUUGCAGAUGCUGUUUUCAGAGUUCCUCUGUCGGCUGGCUCAGCUGUUGCCAGUUCCUGACCUCGAGCAGACUGUUUCUUGGCUUGGAGGUGAAUGCUCCGUGUUGGAGGAUUGUGUGCAUUCAGUCUCUGAGCCUACAGACCUGAAAAGUUUGCUCCAGCAUCACAAACACCUCGGGCAUUUAGAGCAGCACGUUCCACCGUCGAGCAUGGGCGACAGCAUCCUGUCCUCCCUCUCUGCUGCUCCCCCCAGCGGAGCGGCAAAACCUACAGAACAACCCAGCCAAUCGGAUCCGCUGCAAGGCCUCGGCGAUGACACGCACGCGGUAUCAUUCGUGGACGACGUAGCGGUUGAAAUAAUCGCAGUGACGGAUUACGCAGAGGUCGAAUUAGAUGCGAGCACCGACAUCGAAAUGGUAAUGGGAGAAAACUGCUUUGAAGGAACAGACGCAGUGGCUGAAGAUUCGCUAGUAGUGCUUCCUGAGGAGACAACCAUAGAAGAAGAAGAAGAAGUGGGCGAAGCAGGUGAAGAAGCAACACAAGAAAAACCUGUUUCGCCGAACAGUCAAACAGAAGUUAACAAGGACGACUUGGCGUCCUCCCAGCAAAAAAUCUCCGUGGGACCUCACGACUGCCCCGACUGCGAGAAGAAAUUUAAGUUUGCCUCUUCGCUAAUCGCCCACAGGGUCAUCCACACCGGCGAGCGCCCCCACCGGUGCAACGACUGCGGCCGCUGCUUUUCCUUCAGGCAGUCCCUUGACAGGCACAGACACACGCACAAAACUGGACGCAAGUACAACUGCGUCAUCUGUCGGGAGACCUUCCACUCGCUGUCAGCCCGCACAGAGCACAAGCAAACACACAUGGAGGACGGUGUUUACACGUGUCGUCAGUGCGACAAGACAUUUAACUGGGAGCUGGCACUCGCAAGGCACCUAAAGACUCACACUGAUGAUGAUCACAAUCCAAACAAGCCUACAGAGAGCACUAAGGACGGGCAGGAGGUUGUUAUAGGUGAUGUCAGCGAGGCUCCUGAACCCGACUGCCAGGUGCAGGCAGAAGAUGAUAAUGAUGAUGAUGAUGAUGAUCCAGAGAACGCAGAGGCUCAGAGCAGUGAGCCUCCCAACUCUGAGCCCGAAGGCACGGCCCCUGAACUCGACGGUGAAGUAAUUUCCCUGGUGAAGGUCCGCACAAGUGGGCGCAAACGCAAACCGACCAUGAAGAUCCAGGUGAUAAAUUUGCAGAAGCGCAUGGCCACGAAAAGAAGGAAGGAGAUCCCCAAGGCCGACCCUCCAGAGCUGAAGCCUCUGCCUUUCAAUUGUGCAGAGCACUCUUACGGGUCGCCCGUGGUCUCAGCGAAGGACGGUGAUGAGAUUUCUGUCCCAGAUGGCUCAUCCGCUGCUUUCUCCUGUCCCAAGUGCUCCUUCCACCACUCAGAAGAAGCACAGGUCCAGCAGCACAUUGACAAGGUCCACUCUGUUGAGACCGAGGACGACGAGCUGUCCUUUCAGCCCCUCGCAGAUGAAGAGGGACGUUUUAGUUGUCCAGACUGUGAGAAGUGCUUCAAGUUCCAAUCCUUACUGAAAGCCCACCAGCGCAUCCACACGGGCGAGCAGCCCUUCCUGUGUUCUCAGUGCGGACGGCGGUUCUCCUUCAAGCAGUCGCUGGAGAGGCACAAGCAGACGCACAAGUCCGGGCGCAAGUACGAGUGCCUGAUCUGCGGCGAGUUCUUCAAGUCCCUGGUGGCUCAGAGGGAGCACAAGAGCACUCACAUGGAGAACGGCGAGUACCUGUGUUCGGAGUGCGGCCGGGCGUUCGCCUGGAAGUCCGCGCUGGUGAGACACCUGAAGACCCACGGCGAGGACGCUGACAAGUUGGAGCAUUCUUACAAAUGCCCUCGCUGUGACCUGGUCUUCAGCUGCAUCAGCUACCUCAACAGGCACCUCCAGACUCACCAAGAAGAACGAGCGCACACCUGCAACUGCGGAAAGAGCUUCGCCUACCGGGCCGCUCUCACCGCACAUCAGCGCAUCCAUCAAAAGGAGCGGCCGCACACGUGCACGCAGUGCGGCAAGGGGUUCCUCUACAAGGGGGGUUUGCUGAGCCACAUGAAGAUCCACUCAGAGGAGAUGCCCUUCAUGUGUUCCUUCUGCGGCAAGAGCUUCAAGAGGGAGCGUAACAUGAAGAAGCACGAGCGCUGCCACACCAGGGAGAACGUUUUCAGCUGCUCGCAGUGCGACAAGAGUUUCGUCUACAAGGCAACUCUGAUCAGACACGAGCUGACUCACUCGGGCGAGAGGCCGUUCCUCUGCUCCGACUGCGGGAAAGGCUUCUUUUCCCACGCCGAGCUGUUGAAGCACGAGCGUUUCCACACGGGCCACAAGCCCUUCCAGUGCCCGCACUGCGGCAAGAAAUUCACCCAGUCUUGCUACCUGACCAUCCACCUGCGCUACCACACCGGAGUCCGGCCGUACUCCUGCACCGACUGCGACAAGAGCUUCCUUAGUGCCAAUCGCCUGAAGAGACACCAGCGAACACAUUCAGGGGAAAAACCCUACCUCUGUGUAGAAUGUGGGAAGGGAUUCAGGCAGUCGUAUAAUCUCAAAAUGCAUCAACGGACACAUAUCAUGAAGUUGAAAUAGUCAAGACUUUAAAAGGGAUGGUUUGGGUGUUUUGAAGCGGGGUUGUAUGAGGUACUUAUUCAUAGUCAGUUUAUUACCUACAGUAGAUAACGGUCGGCACGCCCCCAGUUUGGAGAAACAGACAGGAGUACCGGGGCAGCAGCAACAUGUAUUUAACCACCUAAAAAGGCUCACCUAAAAAAAAUCAAUAUCAGUUUAAGUGUACGUUAUAUUUAGAAAAUGUUCACCACUUUACCUCGCCAUUAGAGAGCCCCUUCUGAUGGGGAACUGGAGCCGUAUUAUCUAU